AUGAAUAAACUCUCCGUCGAACUUCCUGAGCUAGACAACAUAUUGCAAGAAGUAGAAGCUGCAUCCAAAAAGCAAAAAGUGGAGGUCUUAACCAUAGAGGAUAAGCCUUCUUCUUCUAAGCUUAAGGGUAAGAAGAAGAAGAAGACUGACAAGGGGAAAGACCCUAAGGAUUCUAAGAGAGGUAACGUGCCUCUCAGACAUGGAAUUGGUCUUUCCAAGUCACAAUUCCCUCAAACUUUUGAGGAUGUUAAGGCUAUGAAAAGAGUUCCCUAUGCUUCGGUAAUAGGAAAUCUAAUGUAUGCCAUGUUGUGUACCAGACCUGACAUUUGUUACAUUGUAGGGAUUAUGAGCCGAUAUCAAUCUAAUCCGGGACAAGAACAUUGGGCAGCUAUCAAGGGGAUCCUUAAGUAUCUAAGGAGGACCAAGGAUUACUUCAUUGUUUACGGUUGUGAUCAGCUGUCAGUAGUUGGAUAUACCGAUUCAGACUUCCAAACUGACAAGGAUGACAGAAAGUCCACCUCUGGGAUGGUCUUUAUGAUUGGUGAUGGUGCAGUGAUUUGGAGGAGUGCCAAACAAAAGUCAAUAGUCGAUUCUACAACAAAAGCUGAGUACUUGGCAGCUAGUGAGCAGCUAAGGAAGGUGUUUGGCUCAAGAAAUUCUUGA